AUGGCGCGCAAGGGAAAGGCCAUGCUGCCGGCCGCGGCGGGCAAGGCCCCCUCGACCCCCGAGGAGCGCAAGGCGUUGUCUGAAGAGCUCAAGAAGAGCGGCAACGAGCGCUUCGCGAAGCGCGAGUUCGCCAAGGCGCUCCAGUACUACGACCAGGCUCUCAGGCUCGUGCCGGACACGACGACGGAGAGGGCGGUGCUGCACCACAACAAGGCCGCGUGCCACUUCAAGGGCCUGAGGUACAAGGAGUGCGAGAAGGAGUGCACGAAUGCGUUGGUGGCCGACAAGGAUUUCGUCAAGGCGCGCGUGCGGAGGGCCAAGGCCUACGAGCACCUGGGCAAGUACCAAGAAGCCCUCGAGGACUACAAGUACAUCAACGCGAACGCGGAGACGCGGACGGAGGAGUCCGUGAAGAAGGAGAAGGAGCUCGACGGCCUGGCGUCGGGCAAGCUGGCCGACCCGUCGAAAGUGCGGUCCGCCAAGGCGCAGCAGCCCCGCGCGGCCAAGCACGAGAUCCGCCUCGUGUGCGGCGGCGACACGCGCGUCGUCCUGUUCCACAACGGCAUGACGUACGCCGUGCUCCUCGACGAAGCCAAGACCAAGUUCCCCGACAAGUGGCCGUUCAAGCUGACGUACCGCGACCGCGCGGACGACGUCAUCACGAUGACGAGCGUGAGCGACGUGGGCAAGCUCCUCGAGACCGAGAUGGCGCGCGCGCUGGCGUCGGCGAGCGGCGAGGGCAAGGGACCGAAGCUGUCGUCGGGCGGGGGGGUGAUCGCGACGGUCACGGUCGAGAAGGUCGGGAGCGAGGGCGAGGUGCCGCCGCCGCCGGACCAGGAGCGGAGCUCGCUCGAGCAGCAGAAGAAGUACGUUCAGAUGCUGGAGAGGGUGACGAUGGAAAAGGCGGAGGCGCACCGGGAGGCGCAGCGGCAGGCGGCGCUGCAGCGCACGGAGAUCGUGGAGAUCGACAACUGGCUGGUGCAGAUGACGGGGCUGAUCAAGGACCAGCUGGGGAUCGACCCUGACAGCUACGUGGAGCUGACGCACGAGGGGUAUGAGAAGGUGACGGCCGCGGCGGACCGCGCGAUGAACUCGGACAAGGCGAUCCCGGUGUACCACGAGGCGAUCGACAAGUUCAAGGAGGGCGCCGCGCAGUGCAUCAUGCAGUGGGGCGGCGUGCACGCCAAGAUCGCCGCCAAGCACGUGGACGACCUCUCGCGCGCCGGGGUCGACGCGAAGAAGCUCACGACGCACGAGAAGUACAAGCUCGCGAUCAAGGAGUUCGAGGAGGCCGAGAAGCGCGUCCAGGAGUCGUUCACGUACAAGCCCGACUUCUACGACGGCGCCUUCCAGAUGGCGCAGGUGCUCUUCGAGAAGGCGAAGCUCGCCGCGGGGCUCCUCGUGCCCAACCCGAACACCAGCCCCGAGGCCGCGGAGGAGGCGGCCGCCGCGGGCGAGGCCGGCAAGCAGAACGACGCCUACGAGAAGGCGCUCGGGCGCCUCCUGGCGCAGAACGUCGAGGGCGCGAUGCCGCUCUUCCAGAAGGCGAUCGAGUGGUUCGAGAAGAGCAUCGCGUUCCUCCCCGAGGAGCAGCGCAACGAGGACCUCCGCGCGAAGAAGGCCGACGACGUCACCUUCAAGGGCCAGACGCUCAUCAUGUCCGGCAACGUGAUGUACGAGGUGUCGCAAGUCAAGUCCGCGACCAAGGCCGCGGAUUGGAAGGAUUGGUUGAAGAGGGCUGUGGACUCGUUCCUGCAGUCGGGCGCGGCGAUCGAAGACAUCCGCGCGGCGCUGAAGAACCACCUGAUGAAGGACCAGGUCGAAGACCUCAUGCCGCCCUCGCCGAGCGACGCCAAGAAGCCCAAGGGCCUCCCGGCGCUCAAGAAGAAGUGA